CAGUAAUAAGUAUUGGAUGUAAAAUUGUACAGCUUCUUUGGGAAACAGUUUCACAGUACCUCAAAAAGUUAAACAUAUGACCCAGAAAUGUCCAUUCCUAGCUAUAAUACCUAAGAGAAUUGAAAACAUGUCCAUACAAAAACCUGUGCUUGGGUAUUCACAGCAGCAAUAUUCAUAUUAACCAAAAAUGGAAACAACCCAAUUGCCCAUCAACUUGUGAAUGGAUAAACAAAAUGUGUUAUGUUCACACAAUAGUUAAUUAUUCAGCCAUGAAGGGAGUGAAGUACUGAUACAAGCUACAACAUGGAUGAACCUUGAAAACAGAGGCGAGACGAUGAAGAUGGCCAGUCCUCUUAAGAUAUAUGGUCUAAAGGGGAGCAAAGAAAUAUAUGGUGGCCCGAAAAGGGACAAAGGAUCAGUGAGUUGUUUUAAGAGCUGUUGCAGCAGGGUUGUAUGCUGAUGUAAAUUAUUGCAUCUGCAAUAAUCCCUUUAUUCUCCUGCCUUCUAGGAGUCCUUGACUAGGGGAGAGGGAAUUAAGGAAGAGCGUUCCUUAGAAGAGGCAGAGACAUUGUAAAAGGAGGGAAGGCAGCUGUACACACCUUGGUAGAUUUGGUGAUUUAAAGAUAAAACAGACACAGAAGAUCACUUUUCUAAAAAAGUAAUAUAAGUGUGAAAAUUACCAGCUGCACUAGGAAAAGAUGAAGUGGACAAUUAGGAGGGAUUUCAAAGGGGCAGGAGGACACGUUAGGGAUUGGUGGAUUAAUUAAUUGUCUUAACUCGUGGUGAUGGCUGCACGGGUCAAAACUUAAUGCGUACACUUAAAAUGUGUGAGUUUAUUGUAUGCCAAUUGCAUCGCGAUACAGCUGUUACAUACAUACACACGAAGUUGAAAGACAUCAGCAGGCAUUCUCUGAAUAAUCAGUAUUCUGAGAGGUUAAGUGAUUCAUAGAGAUUCAGAGGAUUUUAAGGGUGUAAGUCCACGCGGACGCCGCCCUCCCCCACCCCUCCCGGCUCAGGAACCAGGGCAGAAGUCGCGGAGGAGGAGGUUAGCGUGGGCCGACCGCUGCUUGCUGUCCCGGUGACCGGCCUUCACGAGUUAAGAGUUGGGUACAGAGAACAGUCAGCCUGGGCACAGCAACAUCUGCUUUCUCGCUGAAGCCACGACUCCGGCAGGUGUCUCCCCACGGUCGGCGUCAGCAUCGGGUCGGAAAGCAGUCAAGGGGAUUAGAAGGGAGCCUGUGAAGAACGCCCUCGUCCAAUCCCAGUUGAGCGAACGAGAGCCCAGGUAGUCCAAUCCCAGUUGAGCGAACGAGAGCCCAGGUAGUCACACGCCGAACCAAGCGUGGGGCCAGCUCCCACGUGCACGGUCUUUCGCGGAGGAGAGACAGGGGUCGGGUGGCAGAGAUGGGGACGGCCCGCAACGCUCUGCCUCGGUAGGGUUUUAGCCGGCCCAUUCACGCUACGGUUUCGGUUCCAAGUCGGCCCUAUAAAGCCGCAGGGCCAGGGGCGGGCGGAACAAGAGGGAACUGCAUUUCCCAGCAGGCCACGGGCGCCGGAACCCGGCCAUUCCUCCCGGUGCGCGCGGCGCUGCUGGCCGCUGGCGUCCGUGUGCAGGCGGCAGCAUGGAUCCGGAGGGCCGGUGGCGGAACCUGCCCAGCGGGCCUAGCCUAAAGCACUUGACCGACCCCUCUUACGGGGUCCCGCGGGAGCAGCAAAAGGCAGCGUUGCAGGAGCUGACGCGGGCGCACGUGGAGUCUUUCAACUACGCUGUGCGCGAGGGGCUCGGCCACGCGGUGCAGGCUAUACCUCCCUUUGAAUUUGCUUUCAAAGAUGAGCGUAUCUCUAUUACUAUUGUGGAUGCUGUUAUUAGUCCGCCCACAGUUCCAAAAGGGACCAUCUGCAAAGAGCUCAAUGUUUACCCAGCAGAAUGCCGGGGCCGAAGGAGUACCUACCGUGGGAAGUUGACAGUUGAUAUCAGCUGGGCAGUAAAUGGAAUCCCAAGAGGAAGCAUUAAGCAGUCUCUUGGCUAUGUUCCCAUCAUGGUGAAGUCCAAGCUUUGCAAUUUACACAGCCUUCCUCCACAAGCCCUCAUUGAGCACCACGAGGAGGCAGAGGAAAUGGGAGGCUAUUUUAUAAUUAAUGGCAUUGAGAAAGUAAUUCGAAUGUUGAUUAUGCCUCGGAGAAAUUUUCCCAUUGCAAUGAUUAGACCAAAAUGGAAAACCAGAGGGCCUGGCUAUACUCAGUAUGGAGUUUCAAUGCACUGUGUGAGGGAAGAACAUUCCGCGGUUAAUAUGAACCUUCACUACUUGGAAAAUGGCACAGUUACGGUGAACUUUAUCUACCGGAAAGAACUGUUUUUUCUUCCUUUGGGAUUUGCACUUAAGGCACUUGUCAACUUUUCCGAUUAUCAGAUUUUUCAAGAGCUCAUUAAAGGAAAAGAGGAUGACUCUUUCUUUAGGAACUCUGUUUCUCAGAUGUUAAGGAUUGUAACAGAAGAGGGCUGUUCCACACAAAAACAGGUCCUUAACUAUCUAGGUGAAUGCUUCAGAGUAAAACUCAAUCUUCCCGACUGGUACCCAAAUGAACAAGCUGCAGAGUUCCUGCUUAAUCAGUGCAUCUGUAUCCACUUGAAAUCCAAUACUGAAAAGUUUUAUAUGCUUUGUCUCAUGACACGGAAGCUCUUUGCAUUAGCCAAAGGAGAGUGCAUGGAGGACAAUCCUGACAGUAUAGUGAAUCAAGAAGUCCUUACACCUGGUCAGCUCUUCCUUAUGUUUCUGAAGGAAAAAAUGGAAUCUUGGUUAGUGUCUAUUAAAAUAGCUUUUGAUAAGAAGGCUCAGAAGACCAAUGUGUCCGUGAACACGGAUAAUUUGAUGAAGAUUUUUAGCCUGGGAAGUGAGCUCACAAAACCAUUUGAAUACCUUUUUGCUACUGGGAAUCUGCGUUCUAAAACAGGUCUUGGCUUCCUGCAAGAUUCUGGACUUUGUGUUGUAGCUGACAAGCUGAACUUCAUACGGUAUCUCUCCCAUUUCCGCUGUGUGCACAGAGGGGCUGAUUUUGCCAAGAUGAGGACCACCACAGUACGCAGGCUGCUGCCAGAGUCCUGGGGCUUCCUUUGUCCCGUGCACACCCCAGACGGGGAGCCCUGUGGGCUGAUGAACCACUUAACUGCUGUGUGUGAGGUUGUCACACAGUUUGUGUAUACAACACCUAUUCCAGCUUUGCUGUGCAACCUGGGGGUCACUCCUGUAGAUGGAGCUCCCCACAGACCCUACAGUGAGUGCUACCCUGUCCUGCUGGAUGGUGUCAUGGUUGGCUGGGUGGAUAAGGAGCUGGCUCCAGGAGUUGCAGACUCUCUCCGUCAUUUUAAGGUGUUGAGAGAAAAAAGAAUUCCUCCCUGGAUGGAGGUGGCCCUUGUCCCCAUGACAGGAAAAGCAAGUCUGUACCCAGGAUUGUUUCUUUUUACCACUCCUUGUAGACUGGUACGGCCUGUGCAGAACUUGGGAUUAGGCAAAGAAGAACUAAUUGGAACUAUGGAACAGAUCUUCAUGAACGUCGCCAUCUUUGAGGAUGAGGUGAUUGCUGGAGUCACCACACACCAGGAGCUCUUCCCUCACAGCCUGCUGAGUGUGAUCGCCAACUUCAUCCCUUUCUCCGAUCACAACCAGAGUCCACGGAACAUGUACCAGUGCCAGAUGGGUAAACAAACUAUGGGCUUUCCACUUCUCACUUAUCAAGAUCGAUCAGAUAAUAAAUUGUAUCGUCUUCAGACUCCGCAAAGCCCAUUAGUGAGACCUUACAUGUAUGAUUAUUAUGACAUGGAUAACUAUCCAAUUGGGACAAAUGCCAUCGUAGCUGUGAUUUCUUACACUGGCUAUGAUAUGGAAGAUGCCAUGAUUGUGAAUAAGGCCUCUUGGGAGCGAGGCUUUGCCCAUGGAAGUGUCUACAAGUCUGAGUUCAUAGACCUCACUGAAAAAAUUAAACAAGGAGAUGAUAAUCUGGUGUUUGGAGUCAAACCUGGUGACCCACGGAUUUUGCAGAAGUUAGAUGAUGAUGGAUUGCCGUUUAUAGGAGCAAAACUGCAGUAUGGAGAUCCAUAUUACGGCUACCUAAACCUGAACACCGGGGAAAGCUUUGUGAUGUACUACAAGAGUAAAGAAAAUUGUGUUGUGGAUAACAUCAAAGUGUGUAGUAAUGACACUGGGAGUGGAAAAUUUAAGUGUAUCUGUAUCACAAUGAGAGUCCCUCGGAACCCAACUAUUGGGGAUAAAUUUGCCAGUCGUCAUGGGCAAAAGGGCAUUUUGAGCAGAUUAUGGCCAGUAGAAGACAUGCCUUUUACUGAAAGUGGGAUGGUCCCAGACAUUCUGUUCAACCCUCACGGUUUUCCAUCGCGCAUGACCAUCGGUAUGUUAAUUGAGAGUAUGGCUGGGAAGUCUGCAGCUUUGCACGGUCUCUGCCAUGAUGCUACACCCUUCACCUUCUCAGAGAACUCAGCCUUAGAAUACUUUGGUGAGAUGUUAAAGGCUGCUGGCUACAACUUCUAUGGCACUGAGAGGAUGUAUAGUGGCAUCAGUGGGCUAGAGCUGGAAGCAGACAUCUUCAUAGGCGUCGUAUAUUAUCAACGUCUACGCCACAUGGUCUCAGACAAAUUUCAAGUUAGGACAACUGGAGCGAGAGACAAAGUCACCAACCAGCCUAUUGGAGGAAGAAAUGUUCAGGGUGGAAUCCGUUUUGGGGAGAUGGAGCGAGAUGCUCUUUUAGCUCACGGUACAUCUUUCCUCCUUCAUGACCGCCUCUUCAACUGCUCUGACCGAUCGGUAGCCCAUGUGUGUGUGAAGUGUGGCAGCUUACUCUCUCCACUGUUGGAGAAGCCACCCCCAUCUUGGUCUGCCAUGCGUAACAGAAAAUACAACUGUACUUUGUGUAAUCGCAGUGACACUGUUGAUACUGUUUCUGUGCCUUAUGUUUUCCGGUAUUUUGUAGCUGAACUGGCAGCUAUGAACAUCAAAGUGAAACUGGAUGUCAUUUAACUUGGUGCUGGCCUUUUGAAUUAGGAGAUCGAUCAGAUUAAAAAAUGUUACCACUACA